AUGUCGGGCGAGCACCGCCAGUGGCCCGGCAGCAUCCUCUACAACAUGCUCACGAGCGCUAAGCAAACGCACGAGGCUUCGGAAGCACAGGGGGCGCCCAGGGCGCGGCCCGGGGGCCUGUGCUGGGGCUGCUCCUGUGGCGCGGAGCCCCCCGUGGGUAGAGACGGGCUGUCCGGUAGGCGGACGGUGGCGGUCCUGUACCGCUGCUGCUUUUGCGGUGAAGACCACCCACGGCAAGGAAGCAUCCUCUACCACAUGCUCACGAGCGCGAAACAAAUGCAAGAAGCCCCCGAGGCGCUGCGGGGCGCGUGCUGGGGCUGCUCCUGCGGCGCGGAGCCCCCGGCGGCCAGAGAGGUGGCGCCGGGCGGGAGGCCCGUGGCGCUCCUGUAUCGCUGCUGCUUUUGCGGCGGCGAGCACCCACGGCAGGGCAGCAUCUUCUACAACAUGCCCACGGGCUCAAAACAAAUGCACGCGGCUCAGCCGGUGGUCUGCGAGGCAGCCUCGGCGGGCCUGUUGAAGACGAUGCGCUUCGUCAAGUACUUACCCUGUUUCCAGGUUCUGCCCCUGGACCAGCAGCUGGUGCUGGUGCGCAGCGGCUGGGCGCCGCUGCUCAUGCUUGAGCUGGCCCAGGACCGCGUCAAUUUCGAGACCGUGGAGACCUUGGAGCCCAGUUGGCUGCAGAGCGUCCUCACCACCAGGCGGCGGGAGCCCUCGGGAGAGGAGCCCACNACGCCUGCCUCCACGCUGCAGCCGCGCUCGGCACCGCAGCCGGAGGCGGGCACCGCAGCCGCCGAGGUCCAGGCUAUUAAGGGCUUCCUUGUCAAGUGCUGGAGCCUGGGCAUCAGCACCAAGGAGUACGCCUACCUCAAGGGGAUCGUGCUCUUCACCCCGGACCUGCCGGGCCUGCGGUGCGUGAAGUACAUUCAGGGACUUCAGUGGGGAACUCAGCAGAUCCUCGGCGAGUACACCAGGAUGACAUACAGGGGGUACCACGCCAGAGUCGCUGAACUGAAUAGUGUCCUUUUCCAGCUUAGAUUCAUCAACGCCAAUGCCGUUGCGGAACUGUUCUUCAGGUCCAUCAUUGGCACAGUCAGCAUGGAUGAUAUGAUGCUGGAAAUGCUCUGUACUAAUUUAUAA